AUGGGAACGACAGUCCAGGGAGAUUCUCCGUCAGCUAUAGAAGCAGAUGCAACUACCACGCAAGCGGAAAGCAUUGCAAAGGACGAACCCACUGCAAAUGAUGAGCUCAUUGCAAAGGAUGAACCCAUUGCAAAGGAUGACCCUAUUUCUCUCUGGGACAAGGCGUACGAUUCACUGAAGACAGGCCAACCUCGGUUAGUUUCGGACUACGAGGAUCUUCUGUCUCGAGUACUCAUCCAAAACGAGUUGCAGACUUCACUCCCUGCCCGUGAAGAAGAUGAAAAGCCAGUCAAGAACGAGAUCCCCGAUGACAUCGUCGCGCGUCGUCAAAAGCUACUUCAAAUCACAGAACUCGGUCUGAAACAUGCGAAAGACACGAAACUCAGUACGACCAUUCUUGGACACGAGGUCGUUCUACAGGAUAUCAUAUCGACUACAGGCAAAGCCGUGGACUGGGCCUCGACAUAUGUCAGUGAUGCGAUAAAGGAUGUCCCAUAUGGCCCCGCUGUCAUGGCUGGUAUUUCGCUCAUCCUACCGCUCCUGAUGAACCCUGCCGCCGUGGAAAGUGCCAAUCGUGAAGGGCUUUCCUAUGUCACCUCGCAGAUGCAUUUCUACAAUGCCAUGGAAGCAUACUUGCCUGGAUUGAACGGCGACAUGAAGGAUGUUUUAACCACGCGCAUUGAGCAUCUAUAUCAACUUGUCAUUGAGUUUCAAUUAGAGAGUGUGCUCAGAUUCUAUCGCACCCGAACGAAAAACUAUCUUACGGCCAUAGUUGACUAUGAUCAAUGGGAUGCAAAGCGAAGCCGCAUUCAAAAGGAGGAAAGUGAUCUGCAGCUGAAACUUAGCAACGCUUUGUCGGCUGAGAGCUCGGGACAUCUCAAGAAUCUUUGCAAGGAGGCGGAAGAGUCACGUCAGGAGCUGGCCGGUAUUCUUCUGGGCAUUCUUAAUGUGACACAGCGGAUGAAUCGCCGUUUAUCCACUGCUGAGAACCGGAAUUGUAUAGCAGCAUUACAGGCCAGCGAUCCAUGCGAUGACAAGGACCGUAUCCAGGUAGAGAAGGGUGGGCUUCAUUUGGAGUCCUUCAGGUGGAUCUUGGACAAUCCAGAGUUUCAGAAAUGGAGAGGCAGUGCACACGAACAUCUUCUUUGGAUCAGAGGAGAUCCUGGAAAGGGCAAAACAAUGUUGCUCUGUGGCAUCAUUGACGAGUUAAUCGAGUCCGUCGGCAAUAAAGGGAACGUUGCCUUUUUCUUCUGCCAGGAACCUGACGACCGGAUCAAUAGCGCAACGGCAGUACUUCGGGGUCUGAUUUACAUGCUUGUGAAGCAGCAACGGGUGCUGUUCUCGCAUGUACGGGAUCGCUUUGAUGACUACGGACCAAAGCGUUUUGAAGGCACAAAUGCUUGGACAGCAUUGUUGAAGAUUUUUCGUGCUAUUCUCAAUGACCCACAACUUCAGACAACUUACCUGGUUAUUGACGCUCUUGAUGAAUGUGCUGACGGCAUGGAUCAGCUUCUUGGUCUUAUUGCCGAUUCUUCGUCCAGCAAUAUGCGGGUCAAGUGGAUUGUUUCCAGUCGCAACUGGUCAAAUAUUGAAAGAAAGCUCCAUCAAGCUAAGUUUGAGAGUGAAAUAUCUCUGGAACUCAACUCGGAAGCAGUAUCACGGGCAGUGAAGACAUUCGUGCACUUCAAAGUCCAAGAACUAGCUCAGAAAAAUGAGUACACUGAUGAAACUCGGGCCGUUAUUUAUCAAAAUUUGUCAGAAAAGACCGAGGAUACCUUCCUCUGGGUGGCAUUGGUCUGCAAAGAACUGGAGAAAGUCCCCGCUUGGCAAGCCAAGAGUGUCUUGGAUAGUUUCCCGGACGGACUUGAAGCCCUGUAUCACCGGAUGAUGGUAAAGAUACGCACAUCGCGAACUGCGAGUUUAUGCUAUCAAAUUCUUUCAGUUGUCUCACUUGCUCGUCUUCCUCUGACCUUGGCGGAACUGGUGACUGUUUCAGAGCUGCCUCCCGACGCAUGUAACGAAGAGGCUAUCAAAGACAUUGUUGGCGAUUGCGGAUCAUUCUUAACGCUAAAAGACGGAGUCACUGUUCGCUUUGUCCACCAAUCAGCCAAAGACUUUUUGGUCAAGAGUUGCCGCGAGCAAAUCUAUAGUUCUGGUAUUUUUACUACUCACCGACAAAUGUUUUCUCGGUCGAUGCAAGCCUUGGCUACAACACUGCGACGUGAUAUCUGUGGUUUGAAAGAGCCUGGAAUUUUAGCCAAAGAUGUGGAACACUCACAGUGUGAUUUGUUAGACGUGGUGAAAUACUCCUGCCUCUAUUGGACCGAUCAUUUAAUCGCUAGCGGUCCUGGGGAGGAAGAAGAUCUUGGCCUGAUUGACAUGUUCUUGCAACGUGAUUAUCUCCAUUGGCUAGAAGCUCUAAGUCUUCUCGGGUGCAUGUCGACUGGAGUAUCAUCAAUGAUGAGACUUGAGAAGUUUCUCAUGGCAAGAAAUGUUUCCGAUUCCUUGAUGGAUCGUGCUCACGACGCAUGUCGAUUCCUACAGCAUCAUAAAUCAACCAUUGAGCUCAGCCCACUUCAGGUUUAUGCCUCCGCGCUGGUGUUCAGUCCAGUCAAGAGCACUACUAGGCGUCAGUUUGCAGCAGAAGAGCCAGAUUGGAUCAGUACAAGCCCAUUGAUGGAUGAAAGCUGGGGUGAUUGUUUGAUGACACUCGAUGGUAGCAACGGCUCUCUCCAAUCAGUGGCAUGGAGCCAGAGUGGGCAGGUGGCCUCCACAUCUCAUGAUGGUACAAUCAAAAUAUGGGAUACCGCCACUGGUCUGUGUACUUUGACGCUCAGAAAAGAUAGAAUACCAGUCUCCUCGGUAAAAUGGCGUCGCGACAACAAGCUCGCCACAGUCUCUGCUGAUGGCACAGUCGUCCUCUGGGACACUUCUCUUGGUAUAAGUAUCCUGACACGUAAAAGUGAAAGCAUACUACUUCCUAGAAGCGAGCGCAUCGUCACAUUGAAAGGCUAUUUCACGUUGGAAUCCAAGAGUUCUAUUUUCAGUUUCAAGGACACUCUCGAAUCAUUUAUUUCGGCGGCCUGGUCGCACGAUGAAAAGCUUGCUUUGGCUGACACGGACGGAAGGAUUCACAUAUGGGAUUCUCUCCGUGAUAAAUGCCCACCACCUCUCGAUGGCCAUGACUCAAAGAUCUUUUCUAUGGCGUGGUCUCGUGAUGGCAGACUCGCAUCAGCCGCAAGUGACGGAUCUAUCAAGAUCUGGAACAUGACCCCCAACAAAAAAAUUCAAACCAUUUUUGCUCACGAUCAGGUAAUCUAUUGCGUGGCCUGGUCUGAGGAUGGUUCAAGACUGGCAUCCGCUUCAAUGGAUAACACGAUAAAAGUCUGGAACACAGAGACGGGUCAGUGCACUACGCGGAUUCAAGCCCAGACUAAGUGGAUUCGUGCACUUGCCUGGUCACCGGAUGGCAGACUUGCAGGCGCCGAUAACGAAACAAUCAAAAUCUGGGACCCUAUCACCGGUUGGUGUUUGUCUAGACUUGAAGGACAUAGUCAUCAAGUCUGGUCUCUAUCUUGGACGGCGGAUGGAACUCGGCUCGCAUCAGCUUCGCGAGACGGAUCGGUCAAGGUUUGGGACGUAGCCAAGCGCGAGGAUAAAAUCGCGUCUCAAGGCCACAGCCACACAGUCAAUGCCGUGGCCUGGUCACCGGAUAAAACUCUAUUUGCGUCGGCGUCGGAUGAUCAUACGAUCAAGAUCUGGAAAAUAAGCAGUGGAAAAUGUCUAUGGACCUUGACCGGUCACAGUCACAAUGUUGUCACGAUCGCUUGGUCCAAUGAUGGAUUCAAACUUGCAUCAGGCUCGGAGGACAAGAUGGUAAAAAUCUGGGAUACAACAGCAGGACAUUGCAUCACGUCGCUUGAAGGCCACGAUGGUGCUGUGCGCUCAGUAGCGUGGUCUAAGGAUGGCUCAAAGAUUGCAUCAGCCUCUGAUGAUCAAAGCAUCAACAUCUGGGAUUCCAAUGGUGGCCCGCCUAGCCUGACGUUAAAAGGGCAUACAAAUUGUGUUGGCACAGUAGCCUGGUCCGAAGAUGGGACCCGACUCGCAUCUGCUUCUCGGGAUAGAUCGAUCAAGAUCUGGGAGACUAGCACCGGCAACUGUUUGUCCGGUUUCAAAAGCGACAAUUUCUUCACUCGUCCCUUGUCUUGGUCCAAAGAUGGAAUGACACUUGUAUCUUCAUCUGAUCUCUACAAGAACAUCCAGAUUUGGGAUGUGGUGAAUGAGAAAUCGAUGCUGACACUUGACUUAAAUCGAGAGAUCUUUUGGUCUCAAUUUGACGAGUCGCAGCCACAUAUUCUGCAUACAGAUAUUGGUUCUUUUGAUUUGAAUCCCACUUUGCUUGCCGAAAGUGUGGAGCCUGGCUCAAUCACUUCCAAGCCAGUUUUGCCUCAGGGAUAUGGUGUUGACGAGACUGGAUUAUGGAUUACGUAUCGUGGUGAAAGGCGACUCAGAUUGCCAUCGGAAUAUAAGAUUGGAUGCUCUGCCAUUCUUCCUGGUAGGAUUGCUAUUGGAUGUAAUUCAGGGCGUGUGUUGAUAUUUGGAACCGCUGAGGCCUAG